GGCCCGCCUCUCCUGGUGAUCUCCUGUGCUGCUGAAAAGAGACCUGUGCUUCCUGCCCAACCAGCUCCCUAUUUCCCACUAAAUCCAGCCACAGACGACCAGUACCUGUGAUAGCACCUUGCCCCUUGCCAUCCCGGCUACAGCCGUGGGCUGCUGUAAGUGUGGACCAUUGUGUAGAAGAGAAAGCAUCAUGGCGGCUUUCAAAGGGGUAUGGACUCAAGCUUUCUGGAAGGCAGUCACAGCGGAAUUUCUGGCUAUGCUUAUUUUUGUUCUCCUCAGCCUGGGAUCCACCAUCAAUUGGGGUGGAACUGAAAAGCCCUUACCGGUCGACAUGGUUCUCAUCUCCCUUUGCUUUGGACUCAGCAUUGCGACUAUGGUGCAGUGCUUCGGCCACAUCAGUGGCGGCCACAUCAACCCUGCUGUGACGGUGGCCAUGGUGUGCACCAGGAAGAUUAGCAUCGCCAAGUCUGUCUUCUACAUCGCAGCCCAGUGCCUGGGCGCCAUCAUCGGAGCAGGGAUUCUCUACCUGGUCACACCUCCCAGUGUGGUGGGCGGCUUGGGAGUCACCACGGUUCAUGGAAAUCUAACUGCUGGUCAUGGUCUCCUGGUGGAGCUGAUCAUCACAUUUCAGUUAGUGUUCACUAUUUUUGCCAGCUGCGAUUCCAAACGAACUGAUGUCACUGGUUCAAUAGCUUUAGCAAUUGGAUUUUCUGUUGCAAUUGGACAUUUAUUUGCAAUCAAUUACACUGGUGCCAGCAUGAACCCCGCCCGAUCCUUUGGACCUGCAGUUAUCAUGGGAAAUUGGGAAAACCAUUGGAUAUAUUGGGUUGGACCAAUAAUAGGAGCUGUCCUGGCCGGUGGACUUUAUGAGUAUGUCUUCUGUCCAGAUGUUGAACUCAAACGCCGUUUUAAAGAAGCCUUCAGCAAAGCUGCCCAGCAAACAAAAGGGAGCUACAUGGAAGUGGAGGACAACAGAAGUCAGGUAGAGACCGACGACUUGAUUCUAAAACCUGGAGUGGUGCACGUGAUUGACAUUGACCGAGGUGAGGAGAAGAAGGGGAAAGACCCAUCUGGAGAGGUGUUGUCUUCAGUAUGACUAGAAGAUAGCACUGAAAGCAGACAAGAAUCCUUAGAACUGUCCUCAGAUUUCCUUCCACCCAUUAAGGAAACAGAUUUGUUAUAAAUUAGACAUGUGCAGGUUUGUUGUUUCAUGUCAUAUUACUCAGCCUAGAUAAUAAAUAUUUCAUUACUUACCAAGGAGGAAUGAAAGAAACCUAUCAUGAAUUCAAAAUCUAAACAAGAAAUCUUUUUAAAGUCCCCCCAAAGCAAAUAUGUAUCUAGUUAAUCUAGUUGCCACUCAUUAAUAAUCAAUUUAAAAUGUGUAUCAAAAUCUGGAUAAGCCUUGCCUGACAAAAAAAUAUAGACAAACCUAUCAGCUUAUUCCUCCUCUACCAUGAAAUUGGUAACACUAAUCCUUGUCUGAGUAUUUAUUACAUUAAAUCAGGUUUAUCAAUGGCAGAGUACAGUAUGUCACAGAGUCAUGCACGUUCAAGAGGGGAAAUAUAACAAGCUCUUUUAUGGGCAAUCCCUUAUUUAUAAACUACCUUGGCAAAAGAAUAUUAAGGGUCAUUGUUAAUGAAUUCUUUCCACUUAUAUUUCAAAUGCCCAACUUUUAACCUGAACUCCAAUUCAUAAUAUUCCUUCCUCCUUUUCAAUACUCAAAGUAAUCUGGAACUAAAGCCUAGAAAUUUUCAGAAUGUCCAAAAAGCCUGUAUAUUUAUUAGUUCCACCUAAUAAGACAUCCAAAUAAUAAGGGACACCUAUUGAGAUUCAGGUCAAAUAGGUUCACAAGGUCUUAUGGGGGGUGGGGGGGUGGAAAUUACCAUCAUACAAAAAUCAUAAGGAAAAAGGAAAUCUGAAUUCUGGCAUAAAAUAGUUGAUCUGUUUUCAGUGCACAUCCUCGAAUACACUACAGGAGAUUAACAAUCUAAGCUUUUAACCACUUCAUCACUUUGCUUUUUUUUUUUUU